AGGCGACUGCAUCAUUUCAACAGCAAGGGAAUGGCAUGAUCUUACUUCUCUCAUGAGCUGAGCACCUUGCUAUGGGACAGAGAGAGCUACAAGGAGAGAUGCCAUGGCUGGGUAGUGCCAGUGGGGAUGGAGAGGAGAGAUGGGUUUGAGGAGUACAGGUGAUUGUUCAGAUUACUUCUUUGUAUCAGUUACCUAAAGUACGUCUUUAGGGUAUGGCUAUCUAUGCAUCUCUGUAGGAUACUUGGGAAAAAGCAGCUGCCCAAGCCUAGGAGACAGAACUAAUUGGAAAGGGUUGAUGCCUCUCACACUCUCUUGCCUCAAUGCUGUGUCUCAAUCUCUACUCACACAUGACUAUUUGCUUCUUUGGACUGAUAUCAUUGGACACUUGUUCUGAAUUACUGAUCUUUUUAAGAACAAAAGUAAUGCAAGAUUACUGGUGAGAAUUUGGAACAUAAGAAAACCCUGAAGAAUGAAAAAAUAUAUACCCGAGGAAAACAUGAUUACUUUAUCCAACUUGACUCAGACCCUGGAAGAUGUCUUCAAAGGGAUUUUUGUUACUUAUAUGGACAACUGGCGGAGGAACGAGACUGUGGAACAGGAGGCUCUGCAGGCCAAAGUGGACGCAGAGAACUUCUACUACGUCAUCUUGUACCUCAUGGUGAUGAUCGGAAUGUUCUCUUUCAUCGUGGUAGCUAUUCUGGUGAGCACCGUGAAAUCCAAGCACCGGGAACAUUCCCACGAUCCCUACCACCAGUACAUUGUGCAGGACUGGCAGGAGAAGUACAGGAGUCAAGUUAGGCACCUGGAGGAAUCAAAGGCCACCGUCCACGAGAACCCCAGUGCGACGCAGUUCAAAUUGUCUCCUUGAUAAGAGAGAGAGAGACUGAAGUUACAGAAAGUGCCUACAUUGCUGGUGCCUGUUGAAAAGCCAGACAAUAACUGCCAUUUUGUACCGUGGUACCGUGGGAGCAGGGACUGGGAGAUGUUGGUCAACAGAUGGAAAUUUUCACGUAGGAGUCAUCAGCUCAAGAGAUCUGUCGUGCGUCAUGGUGACCAAGGUAGUAGCAGUGUACUGUAUUCUUGAAAAUUGCUAAGAGUAGGCUGGACGUGGUCAUGCAAGUCUGUAAUCCCAAGACUUGGGAGGCUAAGGCAGGAAGAAAACCACAAGUUUGAGGGUAGCUGGUGCCAUAGCAAGUUCAAGGUUACCCUAAACUACCUAGUGAGAACCUGUAUAAAAAAAAAAGAGUAGAUGUUAAAUGUUCUUUGUACAAAAAUGGUAACUACAGUGUAUGUGAGGAAUGGUAAUGUCUGUGUUAAUUAGCUUGAUUUAGGCAUUCCACAGGAUACAUAAACUUUAAACCAUCAUGUUAUAUAUAAUAAAUGCAUGCAACUUUAUCUGUGAAUUAAAAAAUAAAAUAAACAUUCUGUACUUUGGGUACAUGAUACCAGACUGUCAGAGCAGGGAGGCACCUUAGAAGACUCCCCCCCACCCCAUUACUGUCAGACUCCUUGAUUUGUAAAGGAGGAAACUUCAGUUUACAGAGGUUUUAUUAUUUCGAUUGGUUGUCUACUGGGGUCACCGGCCGGGGCCCUAGGAGUACUGUUACGGUGCAGUCUAUGUACUCUCUGAUUGAUGAGCUCAGUAGCUGGAUAUGCUGUUAGGAGGAGGUGGGGCCUGGUUGGAAGUGGCCACUGGGGCCAUGAUGUAGAAGAGUGGACACUCCUUUCCAAUUCUUCCUUCUCUUUUUGCUUCAACUUUGUAAUGUGAGCACUUUCUUCCACCAUGCUCUUUCUGCCUUGAAGCCCAUUACCUUGGACUGAAACCACAAACCAAAUGAUCCUCUCUUCCUUUAGAGUAGGGCAGUCAUAUACUGUGUCCCAGUGAUGGAAAAGUGACCGAGACAACGAUAGAGGAGGACUACAGAAGGGUGUGCUGUAGGCGCUCAGCCAGGAUGGAGGAGGACAGGUAUGUGACAGACUGUCAAGGGGUCAUGGUAGAGAUCAACACCAAGCGGACAGAGUCAAAGCAGCGACAAGAGGGCAGAGAUAACUUGGGUCACGGUCUCCCCAUGCAAAGCAGCUGAGCAGAGGAGGGUCUGGGUGAGGGUCUCAGCACCAUGUAGCUUCGUGCUUCAUCUCCUCCCCUCCCUGGCCAGGGAACAGCAAUUGUGAACAAGGCCUGUGGCCUCAGGGUACAAAGACAAAAUUCAAAACUAGGAGCUCUUUGUUCUAAACACACUUGUAGUUGUACUUGCACUGUCUCAGUCAAUUUUCUACUGCUAUAACAGAAGAGCUGAGGCUAUUUACAAAAAGGUUUAUUUUGACUCAUGGUUUUGGAGGCUGAGAGCCUCCAAGAGUAUGGUACCAGCAUCUGCUUCAACUUCUGCUGAGGAACUCUGUUUCUUCAACCCAUGGCAGAAAGUGAAGGCCGAGCAGGUAUGUUCAGAAAAGGAAGAACAGAGGUCUUUCACUGUCACAACCUCCUCCCAUGAGGGUAAGAAAUCUCCCACCAGAUACCAUUAACCCCUUCAUUAGGUGCAUGCCUUAUGACCCAGAGCCUCUCAACAGUAUUAGACUGGAGAUUGUGGUGGGACAAUCCAUGUUCAAAUCACACAAGGCUAACAUUAUAGUAUGACAUUAUCUGUUUCCUAUAACAAAGUUGCAAUUAUGUUAAGGGAAGUGUUAAAUAUUAGCAUUGGGGAAGCUAUUCAUAUGCCAACUGCAAGAAGAGGCCUUCUUUCUCACAUCAGAAACCUGAAACGCUGUUGCUCUCAGACACAUCUAUCUCAGAGAGCCCAGAGCAGCAACAGAGGUAGCAGCAAUUCCAGGUAUCAGGUCUCCGUCCACACUGGGAGCUGAGGUUUCCACCAGGUGACAAUGACUUUCCUUGACUAAACUCUAGUCAGGCUCUCUGAGCCCUCUUCUUGACUAGUCUACAAUCUUGCUCUAUAAAAACUGUAAACUCUUGCUACAAAUGAUUUGUCCACCUCCACACACUAAGAGACUUGAUCAAGCACUGGCACUGUUUCUAACACGUCAGGGCUGUACCCUUAGGGUGACCCUACCCCUCUUAAAAGAACCUGCCUAAGAAAAAUGAACACUGCCAGGAGAACUGACAGUUUGAGAAAAACCUGAUGACACUCUAGGAGCAACUGAGAAAGCUUGCAAUUAUAAAUCCUUUUUUUCCCUUUCUCUUUGAAAUGUAAUUUUCUACCACCCAGAAACAUCUUGUUCUGUUUGAAAUGCAAACAUUAAAAACUUUUCCUGCUGGG